UUCGUUCUUCUUGGCGCUGGAAGCGCGAUGGGCCCUUUUAAAACCCUUAUGAGUUUCGGUGCUCACGUGAUUGCUAUAAACUCUCAAAGGCCGGAAACUUGGAAACGAUUAAUAGAAAUAACGAGAGCCUCUUCAGGAACGUUAACGUUUCCUCUUUCCGUUGAACAAAAUGAUAUGAAUGAUGAAAUGUUGUGUGAAAAAGCGGGUUGUGAUUUGCUUACUCAAACGCCGGAAAUUAAAAAUUGGCUUAAUGAAGUUUAUCCAGAUAAAGAGUUUAUUAUUGGGUCUUAUUCAUACCUUGAUGGGGAAGCUUAUGUUCGCGUUUCAUUGGCUAUGGAUGCCAUCUUAAUGCAGGUUUGCUCGAAGCGAAAAAUUAAAGGAAUUGCUUAUCUAAACACGCCAACGCUUUGCUAUCUGAUUCCCAACGAAGCAGCGCAGGCCUCCGUGAAUAAUUAUUAUAAACCUUCCAUAUUCAACACUAUAAUGAUGCCCCUUCGCUUAUUGGCCCCUCGCCUUGCUGAUCGAAAUAUUCGUACGACUGCUACUACGGAGGAUGGCAAAAAAGAGUACAUCGUAAAUGGUCUCGUUUUGGCGCAAGGCCCGAACUAUGCCUUGGCAAAGUCUAUUCAACUUUGGCGCAGCAUUAUUGCAAAAGAAAAAGGUUUCUUAGUUUCUAGCAAUAUCGCGCCCGCCACAAAAACGGUUUCUGUGGUGCAUAAUCGAAAGUUUGCUUGGGCGUACAACGGCUAUCACUAUUUUGAGCCAAUAGAAAUCUUCGAGCCGGAGACGUCUAGCGCGCUCAUGUGCGCUUUACUUAUAAAUGAUAUCAACAAUGAAGACUCUUGUAGUUCUCCAAAGAAAAUUCUCCCCCAACUUUGGGAUUUAUUUAAGGACGGCGCCCUUCACGGAGGUGUAUGGAGAUCCGGCUAUUCUUUACAAUCGACUGGAGAAAUUGCCGCCUUAAUGUAUUUUUAUGAAAAGCUGAAGCCCUUUUUAGUAGUGCUUUUCGCGCUUUUUGCUUCCGUAUAUUUUACGACAUCUUCAAAAAGUGCAUAA